AUGAGAAAAAUGAAAAAAAUACUAAAUUUAAGAAAGAAUAAGAAUAAUGAAAAAGAACCACUUAAAAAUAUUAAUGUUCCUACAUUUAGUGAAGAAUUUGCCUUUUCUCACUCGCUAAGACCUCCAUAUAAUGUUUUAUUAGACACAAAUUAUAUUAACGAUUGUGUUCGUAAAAAGAAAGAUGUGAAAAAUGAACUAUGGACAGUUUUAGAUGGAAAUGUAAAAAUGCAUAUAACUGAUUGUGUUAUAGCAGAGUUAGAAAAACUAGGACGUCCUUAUAGAGUUGCUUUGGCUUUAGUAAGAGGACAAGAUAUUGUGCGUCUUAAAUGUGACCAUAAGGGAACCUACGCGGAUGAUUGUAUCCUGGAUCGUGUUACUGAACACAAAUGUUAUGUUGUGGCUACUUCUGAUGUUGGUUUAAAACAAAGAAUAAAAAAUAUUCAGGGGGUUCCUAUAGUAUCAUUUAGAGGACAAAGAUCAACUGUUGAGCGAUUUAUUCCUGCAACUUAUUAA